CGCUGCUGCGCGGCGUCUCGCACGUGAUUGUCGACGAGGCGCACGAGCGGUCCGAGGACGGCGACUUCGCGCUGAUGGUGCUGCGGAACCUGCUGCCGCGGAGGCCCGACCUCAAGCUGCUGCUCAUGUCCGCCUCGCUCGACGGCGGCGCCGCGGAGCUCUUCGCAGACUACUUUGGCGGCGCGCCGGUCUUGAGCGUGCCGGGCCGCACCUUUCCUGUGACUGCCCUGUUCCUCGAGCACGCCCUCGAGCUCACCGGGCACGAGGUGGAGCCGACCGCGGAGUGGGCGAAGAGGGGCGGCAAGGGCGGCGGCAAGGGCGGCGGCAAGGGCGGCAAGGGAGGCGGCAAGGGAGGCGGCAAGGGAGGCGGCAGGGGCGACGCCGACUCUGACACGGACGCGGACGCCGGCGACGCCGGCGUGGCGGAGGAGGAGUUGGAGGACGAGCACCUCUCGCCGCCGGCGCUCCGCGCCAGGUACCCGACUCUCUCCCGCGAGGCGCUCGCGGCGCUUGGCGCGCUCGAGCCGAGUGCUAUCGACUACGACCUCAUCGUCGACCUCGUCGCGAUGCUCGCCACGCGCGCCGACGCGAUCUCGGAGUGCGCCGCCGCGCGCGGGCGCCACCCGGGCCGCGCCGACGCGCUCGUCCCGCUGCCUGCGCCGGCCCGCGCGGAGGUGCCGGAGGAGGAGGAGAGGCGAGUCGACACAGACGGCGUCUCAUACACGCGCGCCGACUUUGAGGAGUUUUACGGCGCAGAAUACUUGCGCGAGUGGGAGCGAGCGGCGCCUCGUGGCCAGAAGAGGCGAGGCGCGAAGGCGGGAGGGGGCGCGCUAGCGGGCGGCGGCGGCGGCGGCGGCGGAGACAGCGACGUCGUCGGGGGCGCGCUGCUAAUCUUUUUGCCGGGGAUGCGCGAAAUUGAGACGCUGGCGGACGCAUUGCGCGCUUCUGGCUUGCCGCUGCUGUUGGUGCCGCUCCACUCCAGUCUCUCGGCGGAUGCGCAGCUCAAGUGCUUCGCGCGGCCGCCCGAGGGGCUGACCAAGGUGGUCCUCGCCACAAACAUCGCGGAGACGUCCAUCACCGUCGACGACGUGACCGCAGUCAUCGACACGGGGCGCUUCAAGGAGAACCGGUAUGACCCGCGCCGCAAGCUGACGCGGCUCGAGGAGGACUACGCGCCUCGCGGCUCGCUGACGCAGCGCCGCGGCCGCGCGGGGCGGGUCCGCGCUGGCGUCGCUAUCCACCUCACGCCCGAGCUCCUUCGCGUGCCGCUCGAGCGGGCGGCGCUGCGCGCCAAGCGCCUCUUCCCCGAGGCGCUCAUCGCCGACACGCUCGCCGCGCUGCCCCAGCCGCCGGCGCUCGGCGCGGUCCGCUCCGCCACCGCGACGCUCGUCUCCCUCGGCGCUCUCGAUCCCGCCGUCGACCGCGCUGCCGGCCAGGCGGCGACGUCGGAGGCGCUCACGCCGCUCGGCUGCCACCUCGCCGCGCUGCCGCUCGAUGUGCGCAUCGGGAAGCUCUGCUUGCUCGGUGCGAUGCUCGGCGCCGCCGACCCCGCCACCACGAUCGCGGCCGCGCUCACCUGCAAGUCGCCCUUCGCCGCGCCGUUCGGGUCGCCCGGCGUGCGCGCGGAGGUCGACCUCGCCAAGCUGCAGCUCGCGGUGGGCGGGUCGGACCACCUGACUCUCCUCAACGCGUACGAGUCGUGGCGGGCCAUCCGGUCGACCAAGGAGCGCGCCGCCUUCUGCCAGCAGCACUUCCUCUCCUCCCGCACCCUCGACGCGAUCGGCGCCACCAAGGACGAGCUGCACGCCGCGCUGCGCGAGAUCGGGAUGGCGCGUGGCGGCGGCGGGCGGCAGGCCGCGGCGGCGCACGAGGACGCGGAGCUGCUCAAGGCGCUGCUCGUCGGGGCGAUGUGGCCGCGCUGCGCGAAGGUCGAGCUGCCCUCAGGCGGCAAGCCUGCGCGGCGCGGCGCCGACGCGGACGCUCCUCCUCCGCCGGUCAAGCUCAAGAUCAAGGACGACACAGGCGUCGGCUCCGCCUCGCUCCACCCGUCGUGCGUGCUCGCGCGGCAGGCCGCCGCCCUCAAGGCGAGCUAUUGCGUCUACGGCGAGGCGCACAAGUCGGGCUCCGGCGCCGUGAUGCUGCGCGAGGCGACGCCGGUGCCGCCGCUCUCGCUGCUGCUCUUCGGCGGCCGGCUGCGGCACGACGCAAAGGCGGGCAUGGUUGGCAUCGACGACGGGUGGGUCCGCUUCCGCCUCGCGCCAGAGGCGGCGGAGCUCAUCCUCGCCGUGCGGCGGAUGCUGGACGAUCUCCUUUCACGGAAGUGGGAGGCGCCGCGCUCCGACACGGCCGCGCAGGAGAGAAUGCUCCUCGAGGGGGUGCGCGAGCUGCUC